AUGGCCAACUUCAAAAAAACUCUUGAUCUACAAAUUUUACAAAAAGGACAAUAUUUUAGGAAGGGGAGCAUCAAACAUUGGCUUUCAAAAUGGGACCGAACGAUUGCUGCUAUUACAGCAAUUAUAAUAUUUUUCGGUUUACUGGGCUUCGUAAUAGUUAACAUAAUAUUUUUCGAUCAAAAUGAAGAUGAAAUAUCGUCUUCCUCUGGAAAAAGCAAUGGAAAGGUUUCCACAUACUACUAUGAAAUUCAACCUUUAAAUGAAUAUUUAGAAAAAUGUAUUAUUUCGGAUAGUAUACUAGUUUGUACUUCUGCAAAAAGUGAAGAACUCGUAAAGGACAUAAAUAAGGCCAUAGAAGAAAGACCAGUUAAAAAAUACGAAGAGUUAGAGCUUGUAAAAGUUAUCUUUAAAGAUAAUAAAAUAGACAAGGGCUGGUUGGAUGGUGUCAAUUUAAAUAUAGCCUCACUGACUAUAACAAAAUCUCAGUUAUCUGAAUUAGGAGAAAAGGCUUUUAGUGGUGACGUUUUUAACAAUCUAAGAACGUUAACCUUAAGCGAUACCAAAAUUAGUACCUUUAGGAGAAACAUGUUUGAAGAAUCUCAAAUUGAAACAUUACAAAUAAACUACGGGACUAUGUUUGUCGUAAACUUUGAGAAAGAUGCAUUUGGAGCUUUAGGUCAAGCCCUUACCACACUUCAAUUACAAGGAUGUUUGAGUAAUAAUGUGUUGCUGAAUAUAACUGGUCCAAAUACUACACUAAAGUCUUUAAGUGUAUUAGAUUUGCGGAAUAAUAAUUUAAGAGAAUUACAGGCUUCCAGUUUUUCAAACGUGUCAAAUUUGAGGCAAUUAUUCAUGUCAGAUUCGCUAAUAACAGAUAUAGAACCAAACACUUUUGCUUUUCUGUAUCUACAGAAGCUAGAUUUAAGAAACAAUAAAAUGACAACAUUACCAGAACAUAUGUUUGACAGUGUGGAAACUGGUAUUUCAAUUAAUGGUAACCCUUGGAUCUGCAACUGUGAUUUAGUAUGGUUGAGAGAUUUGUAUAAUAGUAAAACCGACUUGUUUACCGACGAUUUUUUGUGUUAUACUUCAGAAGGAUUUAAAUAUUAUAAAAAUGUUAAUUUUUGUUCUGAUUCAACAACUGAAAGCCACAGAAGUACUUUUUCGACUACAAAACCAACAUACAGUACAACGGAAAUAACAGAUGCAACAACAGAACCAACAACUGAAUCUCCACCAUCAACACAAACUGUUUUUUGUCAUGAGGAACAUCAAAUGCGUACUUUGGAUAAUGCACAACCUAUAGAUGAUUAUACAAUUGAUGUUCGCAAAGGCCAAGUUGUGAUGCAUUUCGCACACACUGCAGAUCCUUAUGAAACAUAUAUUUUGUAUGUAACAGGCAAUAUAAGCAAUGAAUCGUUACUUUGGAAAUCAGAGGACGUUGUAGAGUGUGUCAAAUCGGUAUCUGGGGGAUUUCAGUACCAACUUAUGCUUAAAAGCGAAAAAACCUAUACCUUUUGUAUUUUACAACCUUCUAGUAAUACAGCAUCGCCAUUUGACUGUACUGCUUUAACUACCCCACCUCCAUUGGAAAAACGAGCCUGGAUCACAAACAACUUUAAGAUUCCAUUAAUUUUGGCCAUUAGCGGUUCUAUACUUGCUGCUAUUUUUGUAAGUGGUAUAAUAGUGUUUUAUUGCAUACGACAACAUCCUAAUCUCAUCAAAGGAAAUAAACGUGUUAUAAUCGUCGAGAGUAAAGCUGCAGACGCCAUAAUUAUGCCAAAAACAUACUACGAUGAAAUUAACUAUACACCACCAUCAUUGUACAGUUAUAGUAAUGGUUACUUGACCCCAAAAUACAACGGGAUUAACACUCAAAUAAUUGUUCCACAACACUUAAGAACAAUUGCAGAACAUACUGCAUUCGUAAUACCGACAAAUAAUACAGAUGGGCGUUUUAGAAAAGGGCAUUAUAGAAGGAGGACACGAGUAGAACACGUUACGCAAUCUUUUGAUGAUCAUGUGUAUGAAUCACCGCCACCGCUGCCACCUAAUCAUCCUUCGGAAAUGAAAAAUUUUGAUUGCAUAAGUCUGAACUCUAGUAGAGUAUAA